UGAAGCACUUCCAGGUAACCUACCUCCCUAUAUACCAAACAUUCGAAUCGGAAUAUAGCACCGAUAGUCGGUCAGUGAUAAUGAGUCACUAAUCAGUAGAACUUGGAUAAGGUUAGUCGAAUUUUGUCGCCGCGAGCGAAAUCGCUGAUUUUAAGCCUUUGGAACUGGGCUUGAUUUGAAGCCGUGGCAUUAUUCUUUUGUGGUAGAUGUGAUGUAUUUGGGAAGUGCCAUCUCACAGUGAUGAAUUAAAGUGAAAGUUUCCUGCAUUGUGAUCCAGCGAAUGGUACUGCCGAACAGCGAAAUCAUUCAUUGCACAAGUUUAAGAUUUCAUUCGUAUCAAAAACUGUAGUCGGAAGCUUAUCUUAUCGAACGGGAGGAAAUUCAUUUCGAGUUGUAACAUGGCCGCGUAUCUGAACAACCAGCAACAAAUGCCAGGUCCUACGGAUCCGGUUCAUGAAAUAAUUCCACUACAGCGUAUGACCACUCGUGAGGAAGCCACGGAGAGGCAAAGAAUACGCGACAUCUUCGACAAAUAUGACCGAAGUAAGACCGGCUUGCUUUCCAUUCAAGAGCUUAAACGCAUGAUCAAUAGCCGACGAUGUCCGGACCUCCCGAAGGGUUUUGUAAAAAAUCUUAUGAAAAACGCAGACCAAAACAAUGAUGGCCACCUGGAUUUCGAUGAGUUCUAUCAACUGUCGCGGGAGCACCACUAUCUGUUCCGGGAUAUGUGCGUUCGGUACUGCAAACUGGUGUGUCCGAGUCGCAACCCAGCCACGGUGGACGAAACCGGCCCAGCAUUGGCAUAUCAACGACAAAUAUCCACUGUGACAGUCAUUUCCUCCGAACGAGAUGGCGAAUACGAGCGAAGCAUGAGCCUAUGGCCACCUCCACUCACCAUGAUAGUGUUUUCGCUAGUAGAAAUUAUCUUCUUCGUUGUUGAUAUUAUCAAAACGAAUAAUCAGAUGGGAACGAGCACCAACGGACCGAUGGCAACCUUAUUCAUCUACAAUCCUCAGCUGCGGCAAGAAGCGUGGCGAUUUCAGACGUAUAUGUUUGUUCACAUAGGCUUUAUGCACAUCGUGAUGAACCUGUUGGUGCAGAUAUUCCUCGGGGUCGCCCUUGAGUUGGUUCACUGCUGGUGGCGAGUCGCGCUUGUAUAUCUGGCUGGAGUCCUGGCCGGAUCCAUGGGAACGUCCAUUUUCUCACCACGGGUGUUCCUGGCUGGUGCGUCCGGUGGCGUGUACGCCCUCAUCACAGCCCAUAUUGCUACAAUCAUUAUGAACUGGAGCCAAAUGGAGUACGCCAUCGUCCAACUGUUCGUAUUCCUGGUGUUCUGUGUGACCGAUCUGAGCGUAUCCAUCUACAACAGCAUUUACGAUCCCUAUGACAAAGUUGGAUACAUCGCACAUGCCAGUGGAGCUUUGGCAGGUUUUCUUGUUGGGAUUGGAGUGCUUCGGAAUCUCAGGGUUAGGCCAUGGGAACGAAAGCUGUGGUGGUUUGCGGUUACCAUCUACUUCCUGCUCAUGGCUGCCGGACUGAUGUUCCACAUUUUCUAUCCCGCACACUUUUAUCCCACGUUUGCUUAGGCCGUUUGUUUUGGAGCGGCAUUUGUAGAUUUCCACACAGCCGCUAAGCAACGUUUCAAGUUAUUCGAAGUAUCACAAAAGACAAUCGGUUGUGUAGCAUUGAAGCAAAUUAUGACAGCGCAAAUGCGAAACUAAUUCGUGCCUCUCGGAAUGUGUGACGGGCGUAUUUAUUUAUGUAUAGUUAUUUAAGUGAAAAGGAACUGUUCCAGUACUUUAAGCCAAGGUGCCUUUGAUAUCUUUACUUAAGAAGUAUUUUAUCCUACUUUAUAGUCUUAAAGCACAAAUCCAACAAAUAUUAUUUGCUUUGAGCUGAUGUUAAAUAAGAUUUCAUAGACAGUUAAUCUGUAUUUGGAACAAAAUAAAGUAUUUUAUCUUUACAAACUGA